CAUAAAUAAGAGGGUCUUAUGUCAGGGAAAUUAGAAGUCAGUUAACAUAAGCCUAUACUCAGACCGAGCAUUAGAGGGCUUUCCUAAACCAUCUAAGUCUGCUGAAAUUGAGCCACGCACAGAAGAAAUCAGAGAGUUAUCUGGAAGUUUAGUUACAAAAGCCACAGUAAGAAAGCGUUUUCUCCUGGCUGACGGGCGAGCCGCGCUCGAGGCAGCAUGAAGCCCGCGCUCGGCACCUUGCUGUUCCCAGCGCUUCUGCUCCUGAGCCCCCGAACGCGGGAGCUGGCGGAGGCGUGCAGCUGUGCCCCUGCCCACCCGCAGCAGCUCAUCUGCGAUUCUGCCCUAGUGAUUCGUGCAAAAAUAUCCAGCGAAAAAGUGGUUCCUGCCAGUGAUGAUCCUCUUGAUACCCACAAAAUGAUCCGGUAUGAAAUCAAACAAAUAAAGAUGUUUAAAGGAUUCGAAAAACUGAAGGACGUUCAAUAUGUCUAUACUCCUUUUGAUUCAUCACUCUGUGGAGUGAAACUAGAAGCUAACAACAAAAAACAGUAUCUUUUGACAGGCCAAAUUUUAAGUGAUGGUAAAGUCCUUAUCCAUUUAUGCAACUACAUUGAACCAUGGGAUGAUUUAUCCUUGUCUCAAAAGAAGAGUCUUAAUCAGAGAUAUCAAAUGGGCUGUGGCUGCAAAAUCACUACCUGCUACAUGGUGCCCUGCUCAAUCACCACACCAAAUGAGUGCCUCUGGACAGACUGGCUGAUAGAAAGAAAGCUAUACGGGCACCAAGCCAAGCAUUAUGCCUGCAUCAAGCGAAGCGAUGGCACUUGCAGCUGGUACCGAGGUGGCCCACCCCCAGAGAAAGAGUUUAUUGAUAUCAGCGAACCUUAAAAUUAUCACUUCCUAAAAAGCCUCGGAGUCUAAUUCCAUCAAGCAUUGCACGCUCACAGCUUUGAACUGCCAUCGUCUAAUGUAUCUGUUGCUUAGAAACAAAAACAAAUUGUCCUGUACAGCUAAAGUACAGAGUUGUGGAAUUGGCACUCAGGCAAGAAGAGGAACAAAUCUCCUGGAGGUAGCUACUCUGUAAAGUUACGCUCUGUAUAGAGAGGCUCACGCUGAGAAUGUUCCUCUGUGUUCCUCACGGCAAAACAACUUUCCUUCUUACCAAUAGGAAUGUAAGAGAACAAAAGAAUUGUCAGAAUUUUGUCCCCUAUUUCAGUUACCCUGCAGAUUAAGAGAGCCCCAUGUUUUAUUCCACAUCUUUCUGAUGAAAGAAAUGUUUCAUAGAACUAUUUUUUCUGUAUGAAAGUCUUCUGAUAUGAAAGAAUUAUUGUACAGUGUAUAUGUAAAGUAUUAUAACAAUGUGCUAUAAAAGAAGAUUCAAAGAUCCAUGUUUUUUUCCUUAUCUGUUGAAACAUGCUAAACACUUUUGUGAUUAAAAAAAGAACAAAAACUA